UGCGCACCUUCGGGGACGCAGCGGUGGCACAGGCAGUGCAUUUUCUGCUCGUCCACACACUCACUACCCAGAAACCUUUUCUUUCUGCCAUAUUUUCACUAUCCAGAAUUUUAACCUGUAUCUGAGCGUCCAAUAAGAAACUCCUACUCAGUGUUGUUGUAUAUGCAUGAACUUUUUUGGAAGCAGAACAACAGUUGAGCCGUCAGCAGCAGCCCGGCCGGUGCAGGCAGCGUUCAGCACUAUGGAGAGCAGCGUGGUGCACAUCUACAAAGAGGACAGGUGUCCCUCGGGCCAACCGGAGGACUGUUUUCCAAACUUCACCGAUCAACCAGGAUCAUCGGACAUCUUCAACUACACACCCAACGGCACCUGGGACGCUGAACCCGAGCCCAUGUCACCCAUCAUCCCCAUUAUAGUGGCGGUGUACUCCGUGGUGUUUGUGGUGGGCUUGGCGGGCAAUUGUUUGGUGAUGUAUGUCAUCAUUAGAUACACCAAAAUGAAAACAGCCACCAACAUCUACAUCUUCAACCUGGCUGUGGCCGACGCUCUGGUCACCACCACCAUGCCCUUCCAGAGUACCGACUACCUGCUCAGCUCCUGGCCGUUUGGCGAGGUGGCGUGCAAAGUCUUCAUCUCCAUCGAUUACUACAACAUGUUCACCAGCAUCUUCACCUUGACCAUGAUGAGCGUGGACCGCUACGUCGCCGUGUGCCACCCCGUCAAGGCCCUGGAUUUCCGCACGCCCGUCAAGGCCAAGAUCAUCAAUGUGAUCAUCUGGGUGCUGUCGUCUGCUGCCGGGAUCCCUGCCAUGAUCCUGGGCAGCACAAAGACCCAUAACGGGACUACAGAGUGUGCCCUGCAGUUCCCUGAACCCUACAGCUACUGGGAUACCCUGAUGAAGAUCUGUGUCUUCAUCUUUGCCUUUGUGGCACCCGUCAUCAUCAUCACCGUCUGCUACACGCUGAUGGUACUGCGUUUGAAGAGCGUGCGCCUGCUGUCAGGCUCACGAGAGAAGGAUCGCAACCUCCGCCGGAUCACCCGCCUGGUUCUGGUGGUUGUCGCCGUCUUUGUGGUGUGCUGGACGCCCAUCCACAUCUUCAUCUUAGUCAAGGCGCUGUCUGGCAACGUCCCUGAGACCACCGCCGUCAUGGCCGCCUACUUCUUCUGCGUGGCGCUAGGCUACACCAACAGCAGCCUCAACCCUAUUCUCUACGCCUUCCUGGAUGAGAACUUCAAGAGGUGCUUCAGGGACUUCUGCUGCCCUGGCACCAAAGGACACGGAGACUCUCAUGUUGUGAGCCGUGUGAGGAGCACCCUGCGGGACCACUCACGUCCCACAGAAGCCCGGGGAAACAUGAGGCAGGCCAGGCCUGUAUGACUAGCCAUGGACACGUCCACUAUGCCCUGUCAAGGCUGGGAGGACUCCAAUGACCUGCUGACUCAAGUCACCACGGCUAUCUGAGAGAAAAUGGAGGUCUAGUUAUUAUUUAUUUAUCCAAAAGCAGUUUCACUUAAAGGUCCAGUGUGUAGGAUCUAGUGGCAUCUAGUGUUGAGUGAAUACCCCUCCGCUCCAGAGAGCCUUCGUUGGCCUUCAGGUAACGUAAAAACGUCAAAGGUCAUCUUUCAUUUCUGCCAAUAAUUCCCCCUAAAUCCUACACACUGGCCCUUUAAAGGAUAAUAUGGAGAUAUCCUACAUUCUAUGUGUUUCCAUGAAGUUGACGUUUGGAAAACUAUAGAAUAACAUCAGCCUUAUCCUUUAAAGUGACGUUGAGAUUAAAAGCCUUUGAGACAGUGAAGAGCAAAGAGGACUCUGGGAUAACAGCCCAGCUUGAUACUAAAUCAAAUAUUUUCAAAUUGUAUAAAAUCUGAAAUCUAACUAAAGAAAAUGACUUAAUGAUGAAAGAUGUCGAGAAAAGACAAACCAAAAAUGAUUUAUUAUUAUUAUUAUUAUUAUUAUUAUUAUUAUUAUUAUUAUUAUUAUUAUUAUUAUUAUUAUUAUUAUUAUUAUUAUUAUUAUGUAGCUUGACACACCUAUAGGGUUUCACAUCAAAAUGAUUCAUGUAGUUCUCACAUGCAUAAAAAGAUCAACUGGUGUUUUGUGCACCAAAUGAAAAGACUUAUUAUUUGGGGAACCUUCUGCAUUACGAGCAUUGUUUUUAAACUGAUUGUGUUUCAUGUGAAGUGUAUUUUGGUGCUUUGCUGUAUUGAACAUGUGUUAAUAGUCUUUAUCAUUGGCAGUAAACCCAUGUGGAAUAAUUAAUAACCUCUCAGGGAUCAUCUUGUGUAAAUCACCACAAGAAGAAACCCAAUCAAAGUAUUUUCUCCUUGACAAGAUGGCUGACUUUGAUGGGGCUUCGGUGUCGAAACGGUGUGCUCAGUUUACAUCUUACAUGGCUCCACACCUUUCAUUUUAACGACGAGGUGUCGAAUAUUAUACAUAGUGUUGUCAUGUUCUCACCUUGUCUGAAAUACUAGAACAUGUGGACACUGGGUUAAAGGAAACAGCUCACGUUAUGACAAUAACAUACAGUCUCUACACGACAUGCCUUUUGGUGCAAUUUAAUGUUUAUACUGUAAAUCUCUGCUUGUCCGCUAGAUAACAACGAAUUUGUGAGUUUAGUCUCAUGGAAAAAACAAAACAUGUGGAUUACUGUCUUGGUUGUUCCUGAGUUAUUGUAGCUUUUAUAGGAGUCACCAGAUCAACCAGAAUUCAUCAAAUCAAAGGCUUGUGAUGUUUUUUCUUAUUGUACAGCAACUCAAUAAUGUAUUUAUCUGUCUAAAUCUGAUACAGUAGUUAGAGCAGAACAUGUGUUUGUGUGCCUUAUCUUAUUUGGCCUUUGAACUCUUAGCUAAGCUAUUUUGCUUGCUCUAAAAGAUCAGCAAUUAGCCACGUCCAUUUUUGUGGUGCCUUUUUUCCCCCUCGAAUAGUAUGAAAGUAUAUCCUGGUAUAAGCUUACUGCUUAAAGUUAUUGUAGCAUUAUCUCUAAGAAAAUGGAAGUCUUACAGAGGACAUCCCACUGUCGGUUACAGUUUGUGUUUCUUAUACUGUCAAUUACUCGAUAGACAAGAUUGUGUUCAUAAACAAGCGCCCAGGUCUGAGCACUGUGUCCUGAAUGUAUAAUGUGCUGCUGCAUUAUAAAUGUAUUGUAUCUGUUGGAUAUUUUUGCUGUAUCUUUUAGCUUUGAAUAUCAAAACACAUGUGCAACAACGUUACAAUAAAGCGGUAGAAUGUGAGCUUGCUUUCUUUACAGAUAUCACAAGAGGGAAGAAGCGUUUCCUUUCUGUCCUUCAUGAUAUAAAGGUGGGGUCAAGGAAGAGAAAUAUGGAGUAGCAUCAGAACACAGCCAUGACAUUGUGUCCUCAAAGAUACCAUUAUUUAUUUAUUUUAUCCUGUAUUCUCUUCAACUAAGACACAAAGUAAGAGUUUAUUUCUCCUGUUGGUGGCCUUUGUAAUGACCAGCCGCCGCUUGUUGAUGAUCUUAUGGAUGCUGCUGCUCUAAAUUUGGGAUUUACUCAUUAUACUUUCUUGCUCAGGUGUGAACAGGGUGUAUCUCGAACAUUUUCAAGGUAGCAGCUCAGGUUGCAGUAGAAAUAAAGGCUAUACUCAAUAUAAAUAUGCAUUAAAUUCAUCUAAUUACAACCUGUGUUGUCUAAUUAAGCUAUCAUAGGCCCGUGCUGGUAGCAUUACAUGUGGUGUCUAAUUACAGCAUCAUUUAGCAGUAAGGGCAGUAAAGUAACUGUAAUAGCUCAGUAUUUGUAUGCAUCGUAUAAAGGUAUGUUUAUACAAGCCACUUUACGUCGCCCUGCACUUUAUUGUUUCAUAUGCAACUUAAUUUUAUACAUCAUGGAAAUACUACUGCCACUGAUUGUCUGAACAUUUGUCACUUCAACUUAUUUAUACCUGUUGAUUUAAACAUAUAGACCAUGUCAUGACCUCACAUUAUCCCUCUAUUUCUGUGCAGUUUAGCUACUACAAGAUCCACCAUCAUCCCACCAUGGAUGAAGAGUCAUUUUGUUUAUGGCUGCCACUGUCAUAAAAGAGAUUUGUGACAUCAUAAGUAUUUUGU